AGCUGUUCAAAUAUAAGACAGGCGAUCCUCUGACAUUAGCACCACUGAAACAAGGAAAUCCUGUCUUCACAACUCUUCAUCUAUAACAAUGCAGUGUAAGUUGCAGGUCUGACCCUGAGAAGACAAGAUGGUUGCUUUGAAAUGGCCUCUGUUAUUUGUGUGGCUUUGCGUUCAAGCUGUCCUAAGUGAACCCUCGUCUUGGACCAUUAACUUGCCAUCCUCAGUUGAAGGUCUCCCUGGAUCCUGUGUGGUGAUUCCUUGCUCAUUUAACUACCCCAAUCCAGGUAAGAGGGUCACUAAAUUCACCGGGAUUUGGACCGAGGAAACAAGUCUCAUCGUCUAUCACCCAGUUAAGUCUAAAAUUGUGCAGCAGUAUAAAAAUCGGGCAGAGCUGCUGGGAGACAUCACACAGAGGAACUGUUCGCUGAAGAUUGAUCCCCUUCAACAAAGUGACAGGGGGCCUUUUUAUUUCAGGAUUGAAAUUGCAGACCAUAACAACUUUUCUUACAAAGACAACAAAGUCUCCAUUACAAUGAUUAGUAAACUAAAUAUCGCUGUCUCUGUGAAAGAGGAAAUAGUGGAGGGUGAAACUGUGUUGGCGUCCUGCUCGGUGUCUCCCUCCUGUCCCACCUCUCCUCCUGUCUUCAGAUGGAGUCAUUCUGGAAAGGAACAUUUCCAUUCACUGAACUUUGACGAUGGCCAGUGGAAAGCAACAGCUACUCUGACCUUCCACCCUACCAGGGCUGACCACAACAAGCCUUUACUAUGCGCUAUAAGACACAUCGGAGGGCAGGAACAGGAAACAUCCAAGCUCCUCAAAGUAAAAUACACCCCGGUGAAUGUGAAGGUUGAGUACAAGCCAGAUGUAAAGGAGGGAGAAGCUGUGCAGCUGAAAUGCUCCAGUGAUGCUCACCCUCCCGCCAGCAGCUAUGAGUGGCAUAAUGAAACUGGUGCUCAGCUGCAUCAGGGAAACCUAUACACGUUGCCAAAUGUUUCCAGACACAUGGGCCCGUUGUACUGUACUGCCAUCAAUACACUAGGGCAAGGCAAAUCAAGCCCUGUGCAGCUCAGUGUGUUAUAUGCCCCUGAGAUUAAGACCGUCUCCUCCUGCUCCUCAGAGGGGGAACUGGUAAAGUGCGUGUGCAUUGUGGAGUCCAAGCCUCCCUGCAUGGUCUAUUUUGUGCUUUCUGACAGAGUCCUGCCAGUCUCCAAAAUAGAGCAGCAUGGCUCUAUUUCCAUUGGGACUCUGCGGGCAGACUUUGGAUCUUCUGAGUUUGUCCACUGUCUGGUAAACAACACAGUGGGCAAUGCCAGCCACAUACUUUCUUUACCUGUCAACGGUAAGAUGCAGAAUCUCUAUACUGCCGUGACCAUUGGAGCUGGUGUGGUUUUGGUGACAUUUUUAAUAGUAGUGGGAUUUGUAAAAAAAUGUAGGGGGAUAUCUGGAGAUACGCCAACACCUCACAUGAGUGCCAUGACAACAAACAAAGCUGAGGAGCGCUCUCAGUACGCUACUACAAAAAGUAAAGAGAUUGACUACGAUGAUGUACAGCAUCCUGACAACCAUGCCAAUGAUCACGUGUAUGGCAACAUGGAGACUAACUGGGAUGAUGCCAUAUACGCCAAUAUGUAACACCAUUGAGUUCACUGGAAGUGCCGCUGCAUUCCCUCUGUGUGUUAUCCAGUUGAUGUGAGUCAAAACAGUUGUAUAAAAGAAAAAAGAUAGAAAUGCUGAUAUGCUGUUUUCUGUAUAUAUUACAUAAGUAUUAUUUUUCUGUAACCUGCAAUUCGCAGAAUACUUUCUCGGGAAAAAAAAGUUGUUCAAGUCUAAAAAAAGUUUUUGAUUAUUGUACUUGUGUUUGCAGUUAUUGUAUCUCUUGUCCAAAACCUUUCCUGACUGCUUGUUUGAUCAACAAUAAUACAAACUCAACUAUGUGUUGCUUAUCUAUGAUAAACCACCAUUAAAUCACCAUUAAACUGUUGUA